AUGGAAAAUCAAGAACAGACUCUGAACGCGUCGUUGGUUUCUCAGCUCGAGAACGACGAAAAAUUUACGAGGUUCACAGAGUUCUUCUACUCCGAUCUCAAGACGGCGACCAAGAACUUCAGUUCCGACGAGAUUGUAUCAGAGAACGGUGAAGAAUCAUCAAACAUCGUCUACAAGGGCCAAUCGCAGAGCUUCGGCUCCAUUGCUGUCAAGAAGUUCAAGAACACGGCUUGGCCUGAUCGUGAUCAGUUUGUGGAAGAGGCACGAAAAGUGUGGCAGUUAAGGCACAAGGGAGUCGUCAAUUUGAUUGGAUGUUGCAGUGAAGGAGAUGAAAGGCUACUUGUCGCAGAGUUCAUCCCAUCUGAUACGCUUGCUACGCGUUUGUUCCACCAGGACAAUCACACCAUGGAAUGGUCAGUGCGGUUGAGAAUUGCCUAUCAAAUAGCUGAAGCGUUGGAUCAUUGUAGUACAGAAGGGUUUGCAUCCUACAAUAACUUAAGUGCCUGCACCGUUCUGUUUGAUGAGGAUGGGGAUGCUUGUCUUUCGUGUUUUGGCUUGAUGAAGGAGAGCAUACGUUAUAUUCUUCUCAUUGCAGGAAACGUAAACCAUGAAAGUGUGGCAUACAGAUUUGGUUCUGUUCUCUUAAAUUUGCUAACCGGAAAGCAGAUUUCCCCAAACCUUGCUCAUAAGAUGGUACAUGGACAGAAUGCUACUGAGUAUAUGGAUCCAAAGUUGGAGGUUCCUACCGAAGAUGCCUUUUUUAUGUUUGGUCUUGCUUCUCAAGCUAUGGGAGAGAACAGUAUGCACAUUCCAACAUAUGAGCUUCUUCAGAUGAAAAAGCAGCAUGAGAAGCGAGCUUCACAGACGCAACAGCCCAAGCAAAAACCUGCAACACUGGUUGGAGGUUCUCGCCGCUCUGGCCCUAAUCGACAUAAGAAGCCUAUUCAUCAGACCGAUGAAGAGAUACAAGCACAUAAUAAAGAGGAGUACGACCAAAUGCAGAUAAGAGUAGAUAGAAAGGCUCAAAACCAACUUGACAAACCUAAAGGGAAGAACAAAAUGAGACCUAGCAAACCUGGCCAGCCCACAAAGCCAAGAAGGAAUCAGUUUUAG